UCAAAACAGUUUACAAGAAAAACAUGUCGGCCGCAUUGGCCAAAUUGUAGUGUUCUAAAGUACUAAUAGGUUUAUUCUCAUUUUUUACGUCAACCAUGUCAAAAAGUAGCAAAAAAUUCGAUAGAUUCGAGUCACCAAGAGAUUUCAGAUUGAGUCACCAGAUUCUAUGUAUCACUGGAUUUAACUUUCAAAGAAAAUCAAUCAUAGGGUACACAGAGCUUCAUGUUGUUCCUAUUAAACCAAGCUUAAACAAAAUCAAGAUAAACAGCAAACAAUGUCGAGUUUACAGAGUUUGUAUAAAUGAUUAUUGGGAAGCAUCGUUUAUGUACAAUGACCCGACCUUGGAGAUCUGCCAAUCUGACUCAAGGCAGCGUAAUUUGAACUUCUUUUCUGGUUGCCACUAUGAUGCGGUUAGUUCAGUUGACACGGACAAGAAUAAUGGGGAGUUGACCAUCAAAAUACCUCAUGGAGCAUCCCACCUUCUUUCAGAGCAAAAACCUUUACGGAUCAGCAUUGAGUUUUCCUUAGAGCGCCCCCAAGGUGGCUUACACUUUGUUGUACCAGAAACUGAAGGAACAAUGGAUGAACGUGGAGCACAUCUCUUCACAUAUGCGUAUGAGCAUUCAUCACGCCUGUGGUUCCCCUGCAUUGAUUCCUACUCGGAACCGUGUACCUGGAAGCUGGAGUUCACCGUAGACGCCUCAAUGGUGGCAGUGUCGUGUGGUGAUCUGUAUGAGACAGUCUAUACACCGGAUAUGCGCAAGAAAACAUUUCAUUACGUGUUGACAAUUCCGACUGCAGCACCCAAUAUAGCGGUGGCAGUGGGGCCUUUUGAAAUACUUGUUGAUCCUUAUAUGCCAGAGGUCACACAUUUUUGCCUUCCGAAACUGAAACCAAUACUUGAGCAUUCAACAGAUUUUAUUCAUGAGGUUUUUGAAUUUUUUGAGGAGAACCUAAGUUCACGGUAUCCGUUCUCAUGCUACAAACAAGUCUUCGUUGAUGAAGCAUUUGUCCAGGCUGAUACAUACUCAACCAUGACUAUUUUCAACACUAACCUCCUCCACACACGGCGCAUCAUUGACCAGACGUUUCUAACUCGCAAGAUCUUGGCCCAAGCGCUAGCUGAGCAGUUUUUCACGUGUUUUAUCAACAUGCAAUCAUGGAACGAUGCUUGGCUUGUCAGGGGAAUUUCAAAAUACUUGUGUGGACUCUAUCUUAAGAAAGUGUUUGGUAUGAAUGAAUAUAGGAGUAUUAUUUAUAAGGAAUUGAAAGAGUUGUGUGUGUAUGAGCAGGAUAUAGGGGGUUUGACCCUGUGCCCUGAGCCGUUAACUCCGACCAAAGUUGAUUCAUCCAGCCAUCUGCACUUCCCUCGUAAUCACUCACACACCGUUUCUUGGCAGUAUGCGAAAAUGUUAGCUACAAAAUCUCAUUUGAUAAUGAGGUUGAUUGAGCUAAGAAUUGGCCAGGAGCUAUUGCUGCAGGUGUUUAACAAGUUGCUGUCUCUAGCCUCUGCAGCAGCACAGCAGAAGUUCUUCUUGGCAAAUGCAUGGUACAACCUACUCUUAUCAACACCAGGGUUUCUCAAAGCACUGUCAAACGUGUCUGGUAAGGAUCUCACCACAUUCAUUGAACAGUGGGUGACUCAAGGUGGUAUAGUUCGUUUCCAUGGCAACUUCAUAUUCAACCGUAAGCGCAACAUCGUAGAACUUGAGAUUAGGCAGGACCCAAGCAGGAGAGGUGUGUUCAAAUAUGUGGGUCCCCUGAAAGUGACAAUACAGGAACUGGAUGGAUCCUUUGAACACACUCUGCAAGUUGAGGACAACCUGGUCAAAGGUGAAAUCACAUGUCACUCAAAGAGUAGAAGACAUAAGAAGAAAAAGAUACCAUUGUUGAAUGGAGAAGAAGUAGACAUGGACUUGAGUGCAAUGGAUGCUGAUUCACCUGUGUUAUGGAUAAGGAUUGACACAGAGAUGACCUUACUACGUCAGGUAAGCUUUGACCAGCCUGAUUUCCAGUGGCAGUACCAGCUGAAGUUUGAACGAGAUAUUGCUGCACAAUUAGAGGCCAUCACAGCUCUACAAAGGUUUCCUAGUACAGAGACUAUUCAGACUUUGGGUAGCAUCAUUAAAGACAAAACAGCCUUUUACAAGGUCAGAGUUGAAGCUGCAGAGGGCUUAUCAAAGGUUGCAAAUGAACUGUUUGCCUCGUUUAAUGGCAGCUCUGCCCUCAUGGAGAUUUUCUAUGACCUUUUCGGAGCAUAUAAUUGCAGGCAAAUCAUCAAGCAGAAUGAUUUUUCCAAUUUUCAAGAGUACUUUUUACAAAAGGCCUUGCCAAUGUCAUUAGCCUACAUCCGGGAUGCUCAUCGUGUAUGUCCAAAGGAAACUCUCAGUUUUCUCACAGAUCUUAUCAAGUACAACGACAACAGGACCAAUAGAUACUCAGAUAAUUAUUAUAUUGCUGCCUUAAUUGAUGCACUAACAGAAACUAUAACACCAGCUGUUGCCAUGGUGACUACAAGUGUGGAGCACCUCUCCCCUGAAACAAAGUUGGUGCUAGAAGAAGUCACCAGAUGUCUGAAUCUAGAGAAGAUGUUGCCAUGUUACCACCACACUAUCUCCAUCAGUUGUCUGAAUGCCAUCAGGAUGCUGCAGAAGAACAGCCACAUACCUAGUGACCCCACAUUGUUCCAGACCUACGCGCAGUACGGCCAUUUCCUUGAGAUAAGAGUCGCAGCCUUAAAGGCUCUUGUUGAUUAUGUUAAAGUGGAGGGUGUUAAUAAUUAUGGUGCUGAUGUAUUUUCUUGGUUAUUGGACAUCGUUGAGCAAGAUCCUGUGCCAUAUGUAAGACAUAAAGUAUUACGAAUGCUGAUUAAGAACCCCCCGUUCAAACAGAAGGACUCGUCACCAUUGUGUAAUGAACCUCUUGUGGAAAGGAUAUGGGCGCUUAUGAAUUCUGGAACUUCCCAUGAUUCUCGGUUGCGCUGUGACGCUGUUGAUUUCUACUACACCCUGUUUGGCCGCAAUAGACCAUCUUUCCUUCCAAUUCCUGAGCUGGGAAUGGUUCUGAAUUUACGAGAGAAGAAGACAUUACUGAACCCCUUAUUAGUUAAAGAAGAUAAUACUGCAAAUCCAUAUCCAAUGGAUAUUACAGAAACUGUCUCCAACGAUACACGUAAGAGGAAACCCGAAAACCUGUCUCCUGCCAUUAAGAAGUUAUCCAAGACCAGUGGAAUCUCAGCUGAAGUAAAGGAUGUUUCAACUAAACAAAUAAAGUCAGAGUUGAAGGAACCUUUACAUAUUGACACACUUGGUCACCAUGAUGAUAUAAUAGAGGACCAUGUAGACGAUGAGGUGCGUCCUCCCACUCCUGGUGGUAACAUCUCUGAUAUUGCUUCCCCACCAACUCCAGGUGGAUCCAUCAAACAGGAAAUGGACCUUUCACCAGUUAUAGGUGAUUCAGACAGGGUUUCAUUCCCAGCCUUUACAGACCGUGAGCUGACACCACAAUUGAGCCAUUCAGCCUCCAGGGACUCACUCAACAGUGAUAAAUUACACAAAAAGAAAAAGAAGAAAAACAAACACAAACAUAAACAUAAGAGAGAAAAGGAUGAGGAGACUAGCCAGAGAAAUACACCAUCUCCAAUGAUGUAGGUUGAAAGGUUAUGACCAAUGGUGUUCAAGUGUCAUAACCAGAGAUGUAUGUUCAGGUCAAUAUUUUUAUUUUAUUUAUUUAUUUAGGAACAUAAGCCCAGGAUUGCUAAGAACGAAUAAUAUAUCACUGUGCAGGUCAUAGGUUGACAAAACAAUUAAUAAGCACUAGAUGCUAUACACACUACGUAUAGGCUAAACCUGCAUUCACACCAGAUCCGAAAUGAAAUGAAAUGACAGGAUUUGAACCCCCGAACCUUGGAAUUAGAAAGCAAGCACCUCAACCAACAUUCACUAUCAUUGGUGGUAACCUGUUCAAAGGAAAUAUGCUAUGUUAAGAGAGAUUUUAAAGAUGAAAUAACAUACUUCCAGUGUAAAAGAAUGAAGGUAAAAUCAUGGACACUUGUUUGUAAAUGACUAAUAAAGAAAACUGAUGUGA